CGCAUCAUCGCAAACACAAGGACACUGCAGCUCGGUCACUGGCAAGUACACACUGUACACUUGCCUAGCUUAGCUAGCUUGCUAACUCAAACUGUACUCAAGUUUCUUCGGUCCCGACCAAUCACUAUAUAUCUCCGACGAUGACGGUGGCCGGCGGCCGGAGGUACGCGCUGCUGCUGGCGCUCCACGACUCGGACUACUCCAAAAAUGCCUACGGCGGGUACCUCAACGUCUUCCUCGACGCCCUCCGCUCCGACGCCGACAACGGCAACGAGACAUGGGACUGCUUCCGCGUGAUCGACGGCGAGUUCCCUGCAACAGAGGACCUUCACCUCUACGACGGCUUCGUGGUGAGCGGCAGCCCGCACGACGCGCACGGCGAGGCUUCCCCUUCCUGGGUGCGCCGCCUCUGCGCGCUCCUCCGCGCCGCCCACGGCAUGGGCAAGCGCGUCCUCGGCGUCUGCUUCGGGCACCAGGUGCUCUGCCGCGCGCUGGGCGGGGCCGUCGGGAGAGCCAAAGGCGGGUGGGACGUCGGGGUCAGGAAGAUAACCUUCGUGGAGGACGAAGAUAACGGUGAUCUUGAGUUCUUGCAGGAGCUGGGCCUGGGCCGGAUCAGUAGUGCCACUGCCACUGCCGCCUCGCGGGCCUCCAUUAUCGAGGUUCACCAGGAUGAGGUGUGGGAGCUGCCGCCGGGGGGGAAGGUGCUGGCGUAUUCGGAGAAGACGAGGGUGGAGAUGUUUGCCGUGGGUGGCAACGUGCUGGGCAUCCAGGGCCACCCGGAGUACGGCACCGACAUCCUGCUCAAUCUCGUGGGCCGCCUCGCGGGCCAGAAUGCCAUCGAUGGGCCUACGGCGGAGGAAGCGCGGAGCACGGCGGAGAGCGGCGGGCCGGACCGCGAGUUCUGGACUGGGCUCUGCAAGGCCUUCCUCCGCGGCGGCGGCGGCCGAGGCGCCUCCGACGAUGACCGGACGAUGGCGGUGGCGGAGAUGAGCUGCAGCCACCACGUCUUCGUCGCUCCCAGCUUCCCUGCCGGAACCGCAGUUGGCUUGUAGCCUCGUAGAACCUUGCACGUACGGCGGUUCACGGCUGUCGCGUUGCAUGCGAGGCGAGCGGCCCAAGAUAUCGAUCGAAAUGUGCCAGCCGCAGCGUGUACGGCCGGUGAAAAGCUGUGCGUGCAUAUCAGCGCGCGAGACAGCAAUAUAUACCGAUUACUAACGAUUGCAGGAGUGGCUGAAUAGAGGAUUUCGGGACACUUUUUAUUUUAUGGAUAGGACGGAGUAGUUUGCUAUAAAAAUACACAUGAAAAUAAAAAUAAAUUGGUUGGCUAGAUAGAAACACGUGGAACAAAUGGGAUUAUAUACAGCCUAAAUUAAAUUCUAGCUAAGCAACGUGACCUCGAACCGCAAUGCCAAAAAGAGAAAGAAAGUUAUACAUGUGUCCUCGUUCCUUGUCAGAAAAGACUGAACCCAUAUAUGGUACGUAUGAUCGAUACAGAUAUUUUUA